UGGUGUCUGCUGCUUUGUGAGGGAACGCCGUCUCCAUGCAGUGUCCUCAGGUCGUCUGAUGGUUUCCCAAACUCAUGAACAUGGCCUCUGCCUGGCUGUGCUGCAGUAUGGAAGUAGUGGCCAUAUGUACUCCAGGGGAGCGGUGUCAGGCACUGGGAGCGGGUUGUCACUGUCAGGCUGAGCUGUAUGGCGGUCACUCUUCCGGACCCAGCGCGGUCACUUUGUGGUAUUUUAGCCUGACAGCUGCCAGUACUGUGCUAUCUCAAAGCAGUAUCCAUACCACCGCCGCCCUGGAGGGACAAAACUGGGAGAUGAAGAACAGAGUCGUCUACCCCCCUCAACUCCCUGAUGAGCCUCGGCGACCCGCGGAAAUUCACCAUUGCCGCAGGCAGAUAAAGUACAGCAUGGACAAGAUGUGGUAUUUGGCCAAACUGAUCAAGGGGAUGUCUGUAGACCAGGCGAUUGCUCAGAUGGAAUUCAGUGACAAGAAAGGAGCAAAAAUAAUUAAAGAGGUCUUGUUAGAAGCUCAAGAAAUGGCAGUAAGAAUGCACCAUGUGGAAUAUAAAUCUAACCUUUACGUGGCUGACUCAUUUUCCGGUAAAGGCACUUACCUGAAGCGGAUUCGUAUCCAUGGCCGGGGCAGAUUUGGCAUCAUGGAUAAGGUACACUGCCAUUUUUUUGUCAAGUUGGUUGAGGGACCACCACCUCCAAAAGAAGAACCCCUCACUGGAUUCCAGCAAGCAAAGGACUAUGUACAGCAGCUGCGAAACCGCACCAUCAUCCACAGCUUGUGAAGCACCAUGGACUCAGUUUUGGGAGGGAGCUAUAUUUACAUGCCUCUGAAAAUUCAUACGUAAAGAUAAUAUUGUUUGCUUAUUAAAUCAUUUGUAAGUGAGAUAAAAUGGUCCAGAGUCCAUA